UGCAUUAUUAGAUAACAAAGUCCCACAUUUACUAUAUACAAUAUACAAUUUACUAUUUACUAUUUAUGAAUAUUGUGUAACAGAUAAGUAAUACCAUACCAUACUAUAGUUAAUUAUGUUUGAUGACCUAAUAACAAGAGAUGAAAAUUUUUACAUCCAACAAUUAAAUAAUUUGCAUCAAGGAGAAGUAGACUAUAAUGGAACUUUAGAUCAAGUAUCAGAAACUGUACGACAUACUGCUGAAAAUUUCUUUUCUAAAGAUUCAGAACUGUUUCAACUUAUGCAUGGUAGAAGUGGUACUAAUACAGUGGUAGAUCGUUCAAGUUACUUUCAUACUCAAUUUCCUAGAAAAUCUACUAAUUUAGAUAGUGAUUAUCAUUAUGUAAGAUUAGAUCUGGAAGUAUUAACCCGAUGGAUACCUAGAGAUAUUCUAAAGAUUUUUAUUCCUGUAUUAUAUUUUGAAGAUUUAAGAAGAGAAGAAGAAAUGAAACGAUUACUGAAAAAGAAUGGAUUUCAAUAUCUUAUGAUUGCCAGACCUGUACCAACUAUGGAAGAAUUACUGAGAUGUGCUUCAUUAAAGGGUAAAGGUUUAUGGGAUAGAGGUGGAACUUGGCUUUGUACUAGUUCUUCAACUCCAAUAACUUCUGAAACUGAUGAAUAUGGUCCUAAAACGUUUGAAUCAUAUAAUUCUUGGAUAACUUGGAAUCAUGAUAUUAAUGCCAAAAUUGAUGAAGCCAAGAAUGUAGAAGAUUGGGAUACUGUUAAGAAAUUACGAGAUGUUAAGAAUGUAUCAAGACCUGUAGGAAGGAAAUGAUACAACAACAUAUACAGAUAUAUAUAUUUAAAAAGUUACUAUUUAUUAGAU